UUUAUUCGCCGCCAGCCAAGAUGAACCGAUUCUUCGGAAAAGCAAAACCUAAGGCGCCGCCGCCUAGCCUGACUGACAGCAUUGGGACAGUGGAUAGCAGGGCAGAAUCCAUUGACAAAAAGAUUUCCCGGUUGGAUACGGAACUAGUGAAAUAUAAGGACCAAAUGAAGAAGAAGAGAGAGGGUCCUGCAAAGACCAUGGUCAAACAGAAAGCCCUGAGGGUUUUAGAGCAAAAGCAGAUGUAUGAACAGCAGCGAGACAACCUUGCCCAGCAGUCCUUUAACAUGGAGCAGGCUAACUACACCAUUCAGUCUCUAAAGCACACCAGGACCACGGUGGAUGCCAUGAAACUGGGAGUAAAAGAAAUGAAGAAGGCAUACACGCAAGUCAAAAUUGAACAGAUUGAGGAUUUACAAGACCAGCUGGAAGAUAUGAUGGAGGAUGCAAAUGAAAUCCAGGAAGCCCUGAGUCGCAGCCACGGCACCCCAGAGUUAGAUGAGGACGACCUGGAAGCAGAGUUGGAUGCACUGGGCUAUGAGCUUCUGGCUGAUGAAGACAGUUCCUACUUAGAUGAAGCAGCCUCUGGGCCUGCAAUUCCAGAAGGUGUUCCCAUUGACACAAAGAACAAGGAUGGCGUGCUGGUGGAUGAGUUCGGACUACCACAGAUUCCAGCCUCCUAGACUGCAGCAUUCCAGCACAUGAGACGAAAAUACGGAUUCUGGGACUAGGAGAUAUUUCCCAAUUUGCCAAAGAGAUUUAUAUCUCUUUCCUUUCUUUGAAGGAAAAGCUGAUUAC